ACACACACAAGAGCGAGAAGGGAGCUAAGCCUUUUUGCGAAAUUGUAACGCUUUCGAAAUUAAAUUGUUACAUCCGCCGCCAGGAAACAUUAAAAUUGUUCUAGUUUAUUUGAAGCAGCGCUCUUUUUGCAGCAGUCUUCUUCUUCGUUUUUGGCUAAACCAUUUGUUUUGCAUUUUUACAUUCGCUACCUCCCUACCACCUCCAAUACCAAUCGACACACACACACACACACAUGAUAACCAGUCCGCGCGAAAGAAAGAGAUAAUAAAUUAUAUGCAUUGGCGAAAACAAAAGUAAUUCGAAAUAGUUGCAAACAAACAUAAAAAAAAAAUAACACCCAGCAAGGUAUUUACAACGAAAAGAAAAACACACAAACCGAACAACAUCUUUGCCAACCCUCGCAUUGCAAUCACUAAACAAAUAUACGCGUAGGUGGUAGGUGACCUCACCAUCACCUCUAGCGCUCAACACAAACAAAAUGCUGCUGCAUCACCAGCCACGUUGUAUAGGAGGGGAAGAGGGCACAACCAUCAACAUGGAUUUGUUUAAAAGUCGAAGGAUUUCAUCGCUUCUAACAUGGCGCCAUUGCUUAGCUGCUAUUACGUUGCUGAUAUUUGUGGCGAAUUUAAGCACCACCAAUGCUCAAAUUGAUUGGGACGACGAUGAUGAUCCAGUUUCCACAGUAGCUGUUGAAGCGGUAUUGGGCCGUACAGCCACUUUGCCAUGUGACAUCGAACCGGAAGCCAAGGAUGACAGAGUUUAUAUGGUCCUGUGGUUUCGUGAAAGUGCUGGUAAACCUCUUUACAGUUUCGAUGUUCGGGGGAGACCUUUUGAAAAGGCUUUGUAUUGGUCCGAUACAAAUUCGUUUGGCCCAAGAGCCUAUUUUGUUACUACCAAACAACCUGCCAAACUACAAGUCGACAAUAUCCAAUUGGACGAUGAGGGAGUGUAUAGAUGUCGAGUGGACUUCCAGAAUUCUCCUACACGUAAUCAUAGAAUUAAUUUAACGGUUAUUGUUCCUCCUCAUCAAAUACUGGUGUAUGAUGCCUCGGGUCGUGAUGUGGCCGGUGCUGUAGGGCCGCUCUUCGAAGGCGACAACAUUGUGCUGACAUGUGAAGUGCGUGGCGGUCGUCCCGAGCCCAUAGUAACCUGGAUGAAUGGCUCACAACAAUUGGAAUCCGGCAAUGGCGUUUCCAUGGGACGUCACGUCACCGUCAAUCGUUUAGAAGUGCCGCACAUCACACGUUCAGCUUUGAACAACACCUACCGUUGCCUGGCAUCGAAUACGAAAUUAGUGCAGCCCGUGGAGCGCAGUAUACGCAUUGAUAUGUUGCUUAAACCAACAUCGGUAAGCCUGACAAAUAAACAGAAGGUAUUUUCAACGGGCAUGCAAUACAAUCUCACAUGCAUUGUGGAAGGCUCUGUACCGGAUACGGAAAUUAAAUGGACGCAAAACAAUAGACCUUUUAAAAGGGGAACGCUCUCAACUUCACACAACAAUGGCAAAGUUAUAUCGAUGCUCUCAUUUAAUCCACAACCCGAGGAUGAUGGCACUCAACUCAAAUGUGAAGGAUCAAAUCCUCGCUUGCAAAACUCUGCUUUGGAAGACACACUAAUGCUCAAUGUUAUGUAUCCACCGCAAGUGACAUUGUCAUUAGGCUCAACACUUCGACCCGACGAUAUCAAAGAGGGCGACGAUGUAUAUUUUGAAUGUCACAUCAAGGCAAAUCCAAAGGAACACCGCAUUACAUGGUCACACAAUGGUUUCCCCGUUACUCAAAAUGUCUCCUGGGGUAUAAUAAUUUCAACACGUUCGCUAGUGUUGCAGCGUGUGGCACGCAUUCACGCUGGCCUCUAUGCAUGCUCAGCAGCCAACGACCGAGGCGAGACCACCAGUGCCAUGGUGAAUCUAAGGAUACGAUAUGCUCCGGUUUGUAGUACAAAUACGUUGGUUGUCAUUGGUGCUUCGCUGGAGGAAGCGGUGCCCAUACCCUGCCGCGUCAAUUCCGAUCCACCAGAAAUUGAAUUUGAAUGGACAUUUUCCAGCAGCGGUGAACAUUUUGAAGUUCCCUCGGCCCAUUAUGCCACAAUACAGGAGACGACCACAACCACAGGCGAUAUACAUCGGACCAUUGUCGAAUCGAAUGACACACAUUUUGAAACUUACGUAGAGACCGUAAGUGAAUUGAUUUAUACACCAAAAGGCGAACGAGACUAUGGCACAUUGGCUUGUUGGGCUAAAAAUUCAAUUGGCAAACAAUCAGAGCCUUGUUUGUUUCAAGUUGUACCAGCUGCCAAGCCAGGAGCUUUACGCAACUGUACGCUAAGACCAUAUGUGGUGACCUCAGCAUCGUUAAAUUCCUCGAAUCAAACAACAAUGCAUGCCAAUCAAAUGAUGAUGCCAACACAAUAUGGAAGGCACGAAACAAAUUUCCCGCAUAUGGAAUAUGUACGUGAGCGACAUAAUAAUAAUAAUAAUAACAACAACAACAAAAACAUGAAGCAGCAGCAACAACAUAACAAGCAUCUACCCAUGAAUCCCAAUACCAAUAACAAUGGCAACCAUUUGAGCUCUGGUCAUAAUAAAAUCUACAAUGAGGCCAGCAGCAACGUAAAUGGCCAAACUGGCGGAAACAGCAACAGCAACAUUAAAGGGACUAAGGGAAAAAGUACACCGUUGACAAAUAAUGCAGGCUCUAUGGCUACUGGUGGUGCUAAUAAUAAACGGACUACUAACAAUAUUAAUCAAAAGCAACAACAGCAACAGCCACAUUAUCCCUCCUCAAUUUAUAAGCAACAUAUGAUACAACAAAAAUAUCGCCUGCCGCUUACACCCCAACAAAUGCAACUCAUAAAGAAACGUGUAACAUUUACACCCUCCCUGGCCUUGCCUGGGCUUAAGCAUCAGCAACCCCAAGAUAAAACUAAACCUGCCAAGUCUUUGCCUUCCACACAGCAACAACAGCAACAGCAACAACCACAAUAUCGUACAAAGAAAAAUAAAAUUGUUAACAAGCAACAGCAACAGCAAUACGCUAAGCAUUCGGACUCAUCCUCUAGCAAGACAGCUACAGACACUGCUGCUGCAAUAAAAACUCGAGGCCCCCAGGCAGCCGCACUCACCGCAUCCAAGGCAUUUAUCAAUAAUCAAAGUGAUGGAUUGUCAUUGUCAGCCUCACCCACAAUGGCAGCCAGCAGGACGAAGACCACAAUAAUAGCUCCAGCUAAGGAUGAAGAAACAAGAAGAGCAGCAAGUGAAGGCGGUGUUGGUGGUUCAGGAAAAAAUAAAGUGGACAUAAAUACAGGGAAUGCCGCCAUCAAGAAAAAACUGCGUAUGAAACGUGAUGCCGUUGUUGUUACUGCAGCUCCCUCCUUAGCAAUUGAUGCUGCUGUCCCCAUCAAUAUUAAAACCAACAACAAUGCCAAAAACCUCAAGCUGCUUGAUGACAAUUUGGUUGGUGUUGUGGUCGCUGAUGAUGAUGUUGCAACUCCUACAAAGAACUAUCAACGGCAGCAUAAAAUGUCACCAUCAUCUAAGACAGCAGCCAGGACAAAACAAGCACACCGCCAACAUCAACUUCAAUGGCCAAAGACCAAAGUUGCCAAGAAUGCUGCUGAUGCCGCCUUGGAAAAUAAGGAAAAAUCCAAUUUAUCAUUGCAGCGUUUAGAGAAGUUGCCCAAGAAAAACCACCAUAAUACAAUGUCAGCCUCAAAAAAGGUGCAGUUGCCAACAACAAAUGGCAAGAAAGGCAAGGAUAAGCAACAUUCACGUGAUAAAACUGCAGCAAAGGCAAUUCAUCAUCGUGAGCAGCAGCAACAUCAUCAAAAAACCGAGGUGGCACCCAAUGGCAAGUCUGCAACUAGGAAACAAAUGUCAUCUACAGAAACUAAGGGAAUAGAAAGCAAACAUCAGCAACAGCAUAAAAACAACAAAAAAUUGCUUAUAAGACUAGCCAAACGAGAUGUUUCAAAUAAUUUUCCUAAAAUGAAGCAGCAGCUAGUAAUACAUCAUCAACAGCAACAGCAAGAGCACCAGCAACAUGAUGAUGGAUCCAAAGCCAAACUCCAGGGAGGCCCAACAGCUACCACAACAACUGCUAAAACUUUUUAUUCGCAACGUUUAGUGAAACCCACUGCCGACAAUGCUAAUGAAUAUGGCUUACAAGAAAUUGCCCUGGAAGCAGCAAAUCACCAUGACACUGACGAUGAUGCUGAGAGUGAGGCAGAAGCUGAUACUGUGGCGGAUGUUGCUACCAAUACCAACUCAAUUGAAACGAAUGACAAAAAACGAAUACGCAAAUCAUUAACACAACAUGAUAACAAUAAAGAGCUUUUCUAUGCACAAAUGCUGGAGGAGGAUAAUGAUGGCAAUAAACCUGGACACAAUAAAACCAAGAAAAUCUUAUCUAGCAACAAUGUAGCCUCCAUAAAUUCCAGCAGCAAUUCAGCGGAUAAUUUGGCCAUGAAGAUAAUGCUACAAAAAAAUGCUGCCCUAACUCAAAAGAGGCCAUUGAAAGUUCAAAAGCCACCCAAUCAACCUGAAAUAACCAAUCAAUUGUCAAAGCCAGCAGAACAUCAGCAGCAACAACAAAAGCAGGAUGAGGAUGAUGCUAUGCCUUUGGAAUCAAUCAAAUCAUAUGAUGAGCUGAAUAGCAAAGAAUCUUUGGCUGCGGGUGAGCAAACAGGCAACAAGGAAGAUGUAGGUUCAGCAGCAUAUCAAUCAAGUGAUGACCAGACCUUGGAAUCUGUGGAUAUAUUUGAGAAUAACAUUUUAGAAUACCAGAAGAAAUAUCAGCAACAGGAUAGCACCAACAACAAUAAUAGUUUAAGUACUCUUGAGGAGGAAAAUGAGGGGGAUGAAGUGGCCCUGGCCUUAGAGGAAAAUCCCCAAGAAGAUGAUGCCAAUAAUGAUGCCGAUGCCGAUGCUGAUGAUGAAAAUGAUGAGGAUGAUGUUGAUGCCAUGCAUGACCUUAUGGAUGAUGACGAAGAUGUUGCCCUGGAGGAGGAGGAGGAUAUGGUCAAUGUAGAUGGUGAUGGUGAUAUAUCAGAUGAUGAUUUGCUAGCUGAAAUGGUAGAGGAUUAUUCCAUGAAUGAUUCCAAAGUUCUGGAUGAAGUCAUUUCCAGCCUGGAUAUGGCUUUGAAAGACAAGCAAAACAACAAAAAUAACAACAGUUAUAGCACCCCCGCAUCUGUUGAACAUGCUGCUAAAAAACAAACGCAUUAUCUAGCCAGUGCUCCCAAAAUUGAAUCUCAUUCGGCCAACUCUUUUCUCGAAAACUCAGAGGUUGACAACAACAACGCUAUCGAUGACAUUGCCAACUCCAUAGACGAUGCUGAUGCUGAUGUCGAUGCCGAUGAUGAUGAUGAUGACGAUGACACUCAUAAUGAACCACAUUUUGAUUAUUCACGUAUGGAAUAUAGUUUUCACAAUGGCAUUGCCACUCAUAGUCUGGUUGGUCCUUACGGUUCUGGCUCCGGUGAUAUGGUUGGUGGCAUGGCAAAUGCCAUGAUUGGUGGCAUGGGUCUUGGUGCAGGCGGUGGCGGCGGUGGUGGUACCAUCAAUUUCGACAAUUAUGAUAACAUCAUCUACUCGACAAUGGAGCUGGAGUGCAUGCCCGGCUAUGAUGGUGGCCUACAACAGCACUACUUUUUGGAAGCGUACGAUUCCAAAACAAAGAAGUUACGCCUGAAUACAUCCAGUACAUAUGCAGAUGUGCCCAUAUUUCGCAUUGAUUUAAGUGACUUAACACCCAUGGACUAUUAUCCGGAUCCUAAUCCAGCUCUGCAUCUUGUUGUGUACAGUGUUAAUCAAAAAGGACGCUCGGAGGCAAUUGUUUUAGAAAAUGUACCAAUUAAUGAGGCGGAAAAACGUUCAGAUGGACGUAUGGGUUUGUCAAUCCUUCCCAUUGCUGCUCUUUUGACUGGAACACUUUUCACUGUGGGCAUAGCUGUGCUAUUUGUUGUUGUUGUGGCCGUCCGCAAGAGACGUUGUCAGGGUGGCCGAAAUAUGUGCGAUGACAAGGAUAAACAUUUAGGCAUGGAUGUUACAGUGACAGCCCCCCUGGAGACGGGUCCUGGGCAUCAGCGUUUAGUUGUUGCGUACACUCUGAAACAAGGUAUUGAAAAGCAACCGGAUAUAUUGAGUGCCCAAAAAAAUACAACGGGCAGUGUGACUUCAUCACCAUUGGGAAAUCGACCAAGUGGUGGUGGCAUUUUUAUAGAUACCAACACCAGUAAUGGAGGAGUGGGUUCGAAGGCCUCCAACUACACCGGUAAUGGUGGUGUAGUAGGGGUAGGCAAUAAUUCAACAACAGGAAACUAUGAUUCGCCAACAUUGAAUUACAAUGAUACCUCAACAACGGAUCCCCUGCAACAGCAACUCAAUAGUCCACCCUCACAAUCGAGUACUUUGAAAUUGGGUUCGGACAGCAAUCGAAAACCUUAUCAGACUCCCCCACUGUUGUAUGAUGCUCUAAAUCGCCAUGAUAUCUCACGUUAUGACCCACUGCCAUUGGCCAUGAAUUAUGGUGGCAGUAAUACCACAUUAAGUUCCGGUGGCAGUGCUGGCAACCAUUCGUUGACCAACAAUGCAACCACAUCGCUUAUGCAGAAUGCCGCACUCAGUAAUGGUCAUUACACCAACCAUCAUCAUACACUGCCACAUCCAUCCUCGAUGGCCAUGCAACAUCAACAACAGCAGCAGCAGCAGCAGCAACAUCAACCAGCUUCCACUCAUCAUAAUAUGGGCACGGAAAAACUAUCAAUUGCCGAUUAUCUAACGGCGAGUAGUUUAAUUGAUUACAAUCUCAGUAAAGCUGCCACGGGGAUGUUGGGCACAGCCAGUGUAACAGGAGCCGGUGGUGGUGGUGGUGGUGGCAGUAUUGGCAGCUCUACGGGUUCAUCUGCCUCCAUUUUGGGCCACAUGACUCUACCCAAAGGCUUGGGUUUGGGCUCCAUCAUGGGUGCUGGCAGCCAGCAAAGCGCUGGCCCUGCUGCAGUUGCCAGCCCUGCAGCUGCAACCACAUCGCCAAAUACCAGCAUAACACCCUCGACUUCCAGCAAUCUAGCCAUUACCCAGAAAACCAAUACUAAUCGUAAUCACAUUAUCACGGACACCUUGCCGGGUCCCGAAAGUUGUGUUUAAAUUCUAAGAUAACUCAUAAACGACUAACAAACAAUUCCACACAAAACCCGAAAAAUAAUUUCGAAAAACGACGAAAACAUCAUCAAUGUGUAUAUCAUUAAACUUUUUAUGUGUAAAUAUGUUUAUUUUUCAUAUGAAACAAGACUGCAGUAAACUAAACAAA